AUGAAUACCCUACAUCGCUCCGUCGGUAGGCUGAUGAAACGCUCGGCUGACGACGUUGAUGUCGGGACCAUCAUCUCUGACGUCAAGAACUACGAUGAACGGCUAAACAGGUUAAUCGAAGAUCUUACAAAAUAUCAAACGGCGAUCAGUCAGUUACUCGUUCACCAAAAUGCCGCUUCAAAAGAGAUGGUUGUGCUCUAUAAAGCCAUUCCGCCAGAACGGGCUGCGAUCGAUCCGGCGCGAUUACAGAGAGUUGAGGAAUAUAAUGCUGUUUCGGGUGAGAUGAAGGAGGAGCUGAAGCAGAUCGCUCAGAAGGUGAAUGAUGUUAUUAAACAGUCUAAUGUGGUUAGGGGCUGUCUGAAACCGGUGAAGAAGUCUUUGGAUAAGAGGGAUAAUUAUAAGCUUGACUUUGAAAGACAUACCUCGACGGUAGAUAGUGCACGUAAGAAGGGCGCUCGCACCGAGAGAGAAAUGGGUGUCCAAGCCAAAGCAGAACAUAACCUCGAAGAAUCCACCACAAAAUAUCAAGCUUUAGACAAUCACAUCAGGGCCACCGUCCCACCAAUCCUCGACGCAAUCGGUGUCUACAUCCCCUACGUGCUCCACGUAAUAACAGAAAUCACCACCGAAUUUGUUGGUAUCCAAUACCGUUUUGUCAAUGACUUUGCUACUCGCCACAGUUUGAUGAAUUAUGAUACUUUGGAGGAAGAAUGGAAACAAGAUUUCAUGCCGAUAAAGGACCACGCCGAGCAGUUCAAGCUUCUACAGAAUGGGAAGGCGGUGCAUAAACCUAUGGAACUGAAGCAUUCUUCACCCGGUUCUCCGGUUCUAGAAAAGAAAGGCUUUCUGUCAAGGAGACAGAGUAGUAAGACGGAAGAAGACAUUGGUCACCCGAUUCGUAGGGUAAGAACCAGUGAUCCACCGCCGCCGUCUUAUAGCCAACUGGGGCAACUAGACCCACCCGGCGGACGACCGAUGUCUAGACAACAAUCCGGCGGAAGUGGGAUCGGACUAGGUAUUGAAGGGAAGGGUUCAGCUCCACCAAGGCCAGUGUCAAGGAAAUCUUCAAGCAGCAUUUGGGGGAAAGAUAAACCAUCCGACGCAUCAAUUCGUCCAACCGUCCAAAAGAUCCAAUCCUCAACAUCGGUUAAAUCGUUCCAACCCGAAGGUGCGGCGGCCAGCGCUACUUAUACACCACCAGCUAGCAUGUACGGAACAAAUGGGAUGAGUCUAAAGUCUAAACAAUCAUCAGCGUCAUUGGCUAGUGCUGCUGCCGCCAUCGCGGCGAAGAAGAAAGCGCCGCCACCGCCAGUUCCGUUGAAAUCUAAACCCACCCCGAAACCGAAGGAUGUCUACGUCAUUGCUUUGUAUUCUUUUCAACCGCAGAGUCGAGGGGAUUUGGAGUUAAGGGAAGGAGAUAGGGUUAAAGUCAUACAGAAGACUGAAAAUGUUGAAGAUUGGUGGGAGGGAGAGAUUACAGGAACAGAUGGGAGGACAAGGAAGGGAUUUUUUCCGGCGAAUUAUUGUCAGAUGGAGUAA